AUGGCCGAUCAGCCGGGCAAGGAUCUUCAGACACCGGAUGCGCUCGCAGCCACGGCCGCUCUGCAGGAUGAGCCCGCUUCCGCUGUCGAUGCGCCCAACACGCAGCCCAGCAACCAGAGAGACAGCGCCGAGUCGCAGAGCGUCGAGAAAAAGUCGCACGCAACGUCCGAAAGCCAUGACGAGAACGAGCUAGCGGUCAUCCAAACCAACGCCACGGAUGCGAGCGUUGGUACGACCGCCACAGGAGUGCCACCACAAGAGAAAAAAACGUGGAAACAAAAGCUGAAUCCGCUCCGCUGGGGAGCUAUUCCAGAAAUUCCCCAGGAACGCAUUGUCUCCCGCGAACAGCUGCACGAGCGUGACCUCUGGGCCGUGAACCCCGAUCGCGGGGCCGAGGUACUAACCAACAAAGUCAGAGCCGCUUUCAAGCGCAGAAUCGCAAAGGGCUCCAAGCGUCCGCUGCUGAUGGCCCUCUAUGACAGCUUCACUUUCGAGUUUUGGCUCAGCGGAUUCUGCGCCUUCAUUUCAACUAUGCUUCAAGUUAUUGCGCCCUUUACCCUUCGAUACCUGAUUCAAUUCGCUACCAAAGCCUACUACGCCCACGUCCAGCACACCGAUCCACCACACAUUGGCGAGGGAGUCGGCCUCGCGGUUGGAAUCACGUUGAUGCAGGUCGUUGGCAGUCUCUGCAUUGGCCAUUUUAUCUACGGAGGCAUGAUGCUGGGCGGCCAGAGCCGUGCUGUCCUGAUCGGCAUGAUCUACGACAAGUCAAUGGUCAUUUCUGGCCGAGCCAAAGCCGGUACUUCGAAGGAUCCUCUGUCACCAGAGGAAGGUGGCACUGAAAAGCCAGAUGACCAGAAGAUUGAUGAGAAAAAGUCGGAAAAGGAGAGUAAGUCCCACGGUGCCAAACCAAAUGAGAUUGGUUGGGCAAACGGUCGCAUUGUCAACUUGAUGAGCGUCGACACCUAUCGUAUCGAUCAAGCUUGCGCUCUGGGCCAUUUCAUCUGGACAGCGCCGGUCUCUUGUCUUGUGACUCUGGUUCUUCUCAUUGUCAAUCUGACUUAUAGUGCUUUGGCCGGUUUCGGCCUCCUCGUGCUUGGCGUACCACUCCUCACAAUGGCCAUCAAGAGCCUAUUUGCUCGCCGCAAGACGAUCAACAAGAUUACCGAUAAGCGCGUAUCCUUGACACAAGAGAUUAUACAGUCAGUCCGCUUUGUCAAGUACUUUGGCUGGGAGACGGCCUUUCUGGAGCGCCUGGCCGAGAUUCGCUCCAAGGAAAUUUAUUCCAUUCAGGUUCUGCUGGCCACGCGAAAUGCCAUCAACUCUGUCAGCAUGGCUAUGCCUGUUUUCGCAUCGAUGCUGUCAUUCAUCACCUACCGACUAACCAACCACGGCCUUGCCCCCGCCGAGGUCUUUUCUUCGUUGGCUCUCUUCAACAGUCUUCGAAUUCCGCUCAAUCUUUUACCCCUCGUUCUUGGGCAGGUCAUUGACGCCAUGUCAUCUAUUGGUCGUGUAGAGGAAUUCCUUCUCGAGGAAGAACAGGAGGAAGAUAUUGUCGUCAAGUCAGACGGCGAAUACGCUAUCGAAAUGAACAACGCAUCCUUUACCUGGGAGCGCACGAAGAACAAGGAGACUGAACUGCCCCAAGACCCCAAGGAGGCCAAGGCUGCUGCCGCUGCCGCCAAGGAGGCCAAGGCACAGCUCAAUUCUACGGAACCCUCUGAAGAAGACGUACCGAAAGAGGCCACUCGCGGUGAAGAGCGACAACCAUUUAAGCUCCAAGAUAUUAACUUCACCGCCGGACGAAAGGAGCUCUUGGCCGUCAUAGGUUCUGUUGGCUGUGGAAAGAGUUCUCUUCUUGCAUCAUUGGCGGGUGAUAUGCGCAAGACGGAGGGUGAAGUCGUGUUUGGCGCAUCAAGAGCCUUCUGUCCCCAGUAUGCUUGGAUACAAAACACCUCUCUGCAGAACAACAUUACCUUUGGAAAGCCGAUGAACAAGCCCUGGUAUAGAGACGUCAUUGACGCCUGUGCUCUCCAGUCCGAUCUCGACAUGUUACCCAAUGGCGACCAAACCGAAAUCGGUGAGCGCGGCAUCACCAUUUCUGGCGGUCAAAAGCAGCGUCUCAACAUCGCCCGCGCCAUUUACUUUGAUGCCGACAUUAUCCUAAUGGACGACCCUCUCAGUGCCGUCGACGCUCACGUCGGCCGUCACAUCUUUGACAAUGCCAUUCUUGGUCUUCUCAAGGACAAGUGCCGCAUCUUGGCGACCCAUCAGCUCUGGGUCCUGAACCGCUGCGAUCGCAUCAUCUGGAUGGACGGCGGUCAGAUUCGCGCCAUUGACACCUUUGAAAACCUCAUGCGCGACGAGCAAGGCUUCCGCACCCUAAUGGAGACGAAUGCCGUCGAGAAGGAGGAGGACGAAGAGGAAGCAAGUACAGAGGAGGCUUCCGAAGAGGAAGAGCAGAAGCCCAAGAUGGAGCGCGUGGCAACCUCGGCCGAGGAACGCGCCAAGAGCAAGAAAAACAAGAAGCAGGCCAUGCUCAUGCAGCAAGAAGAGCGAGCGGAAAAGUCUGUUCCGUGGUCUGUUUAUGCGGGCUAUAUUCGGGCGUCUGGAAGCAUGUUGAACUUGCCCUUUCUUGCCUUUGUGCUUAUUCUGUCUCAGGGCGCCAACAUUGUCACCAGUCUGUGGCUGUCGUGGUGGACUUCUGACAAGUUUGGGUACACGGAUGGCGUCUACAUUGGUGUGUACGCCGCCCUCGGCUUUAGCCAAGCUUUUUUCAUGUUCGCCUUCGCCGUGCUUCUGACUGUCAUGGGCACCAAUGCUAGUAAAAGAAUGCUGCGGGAUGCCGUCACGCGUGUGCUGCGAGCCCCCAUGUCUUUUUUCGACACGACGCCGCUCGGUCGCAUCACGAAUCGGUUCUCGCGUGAUGUCGAUGUCAUGGAUAACAACUUGACGGAUGCUAUUCGCAUGUUCUUUUUCACUCUCGCAAACGUUACCGCCGUCUUUAUCCUCACCAUUGCUUACUAUUACUAUUUUGCCGCCGCGCUAGUUCCUCUGUACAUUCUUUACAUGGUUGCGGGGACCUACUAUCGUUCGUCUGCCCGUGAGGUGAAGCGCUAUGAAUCCGUGCUUCGCUCCAGCAUGUUUGCGCGCUUCAGCGAGGGCCUGAGCGGCGUCUCGUCCAUUCGAGCCUAUGGUCUUCGCGAGCGAUUUAUGAAAGAUCUACGAACGUCGAUUGACCAGAUGAACGGAGCCUACUACCUCACUUUUGCCAACCAGCGCUGGCUCUCUGUACGGCUUGACAUGAUUGGUAACCUCCUCGUGUUUGUGGUGGCCAUUCUCGUCGUCACGUCUCGGUUCACCGUCAGCCCGUCCACUGGCGGCCUGGUGCUCAGUUACAUGCUGUCGAUUGUUCAGAUGCUUCAAUUUUCCAUUCGCCAGCUUGCCGAAGUCGAAAACGGCAUGAAUGCUGUCGAGCGACUGCGCUACUACGGCCACGAGCUAGAGGAGGAGGCUCCUCUGCACACGGUGGAUGUGCGGCCGAGCUGGCCGGAAAAGGGCGAGAUCAAGUUUGAAAACGUCGAGAUGCGCUACCGUCCCAAUCUGCCGCUUGUCCUCAAGGGCCUUUCGAUGCACGUCCAGGGCGGCGAGCGCAUCGGCGUCGUGGGACGCACCGGUGCGGGCAAGUCGUCCAUCAUGAGCACGCUGUUUCGUCUCGUCGAGAUAUCCGGCGGCCACAUCACCAUUGACGGUCUCGAUAUUUCCACCAUUGGCCUCGGCGACCUGCGCAAGCGCCUUGCCAUCAUCCCACAGGACCCGACGCUGUUCCAGGGCACUGUCCGCUCUAACCUGGACCCGUUCCAGGAGCACGACGACCUGGCGCUGUGGUCCGCGCUCCGCCAAGCCGACCUCGUCGGCGCCGACGCGGCCUCCCUCGACAAUGCUGACGGCGAUCGCGCGGCCGCAGCGGAAUCGUCUUCGUCAUCCUCGCGCAUUCACCUCGACAGCAUCGUCGAGGACGAGGGGCUCAACUUUUCGCUCGGCCAGCGGCAGCUGAUGGCGCUAGCACGUGCGCUGGUGCGCGGCGCACAAAUCAUUGUCUGCGACGAGGCCACGUCGAGCGUCGACAUGGAGACGGACGACAAGAUCCAGCGCACCAUGGCGGCAGGCUUCCGCGGCAAGACGCUUCUGUGCAUUGCGCACCGCCUGCGUACCAUUAUCGGCUACGACCGCAUCUGCGUCAUGGACGCGGGACGCAUCGCGGAGCUCGACACGCCCGCCAACCUCUAUCGCAAUCCGGGCGGCAUUUUUCGGGGCAUGUGUGACCGCAGCGGCAUCAGCUUUGGGGAUAUAGAGAUGGCGGCGCGGACCAUGGCGGCGAUUGAUGGCAGCACGAGCUCGGCGCCGCGGAUUGCGGAGUCGAGCAUUUAG